CAGGGUAAGCAGUAGAAUCCAAAUGAUUUGCUUAAUGGCAAAGAGAGUCUGAAUACAAAAACUAUGGAUGAAGCUAAUGAUAGUUCAAUGAAAACAAUGGAGGACCGAGACAAUCAAAGACAGAUGCGUUAUUCUGUUGAAACACCAUAUGGCUUUCAUUUAGACCUUGACUUUCUGAAAUAUGUGGAUGACAUUGAAAAAGGAAACACUCUCCGAAGAGUUCAGAUUAAUAGAAAGACCAGACAUCCCAAGUUUAGCACCUUACCAAGGAACUUCAGUGUUCCCGAUGAUGGCUCAUGUUUACAUAGAUUACCUUUCCCAGGAAGAGGUUGGACUUCUUCGUGUUCUGUUAUACCAAAAAGUAAAGUGGUUGGUGCAAAGGAAGUCUUUGAUAAUGAUGCAUCACAAAUAGUAAAUAGCAGUCAUGAGCUAAAUUUCACAACAAAUAGCCUGCCUGCAGAGGAAAGUAUAAGACCUUACCAUAAACAUUUUGCAAGCAGCAGCUUUAAACCACCACUUCUUCGAGCCUCAAGCAUGCCAGUUACUCUGUUACCAACUAGAAUGUCCGAGGAGCUAAGGAAUGUCCCGCCAGAUUCUUUCCACUGCAAUGGACUUAAUUCAAGUGACAAUAUUUCUUAUCCAGCAAGUGAGACCUUUGACACAAGUAGCACAGACAGCAUUGGAUGGAUUGGACUGGAGGACCAUAGCCAACUUGAUCAAAUCCAGGCUGCCUUGAAACGAAUAAAAGAAUUGGAAGAGCAAGUAAAAAGCAUUUCUGAACUUCAGAAGCAAGUUUUAGAACUGCAACAAGAGCGAACUCAACUUAAGACCCAGCUACUGCAACUUAGUAGCACAGCAGACACAAAAACAAAUGAAAGUACUAAGUUUCUUAAAGAAAGACAUGUAGGAGUAAUAGAAAACAAUGCAGACAGUGAUGCAAACAGCAAACACAUUCAAAUGCAUCCGACUGUUUUAGGAAUUACGGCACUUCUUCCUAGGAAAAAUGGUGGUUGCAAUUAUUUUCAAGGAAUGGAACUAAAUAUUUCUGAAAAUGACUUAGUUGAUGAACCUGUUAAAGCUGAACAUAGGAGCAUUGGUGUUACUGUCACUGAAGAAGACUUAAGACUGGAUCCCAUGGCAAACAUCUCUAGAGAUUGCCUUAACACAGCAAGUAAUACAAAAGUCGCUGAUCUUGAAAAACAACUGAUUUCCACCAUACAGAAACUUGAAAAAAAUAAAGACAUAUUAAAACAACAAGAAGACGAUAUUAAAGCUAAAGAUGCUAGCAUUCUACGUUUUCUGCAAAAAAUAACACAGCUAGAGACAGAACAAAAAAGUGCAGAAACCAAAGAAAUUGCAACACGCAAAAUGUCUGUUGAUCCUAUUAUGUACUGUCAUGUAGCAUCAAACACUGAAACCUUUGGAGGUUUUGAGCAAAAUAACGCAUGUGACAAAGUUAUAACCGCCCAGAUGCAAACUGCAACUCAGUCUGUUGGAUGUGGUGAGUGUAGCGUAGAUGUGUCUGUUACCCCAAUCAAGGAGUUAGUAUCUGUUGGAGUGAAUGUGAAUUGCAGUGAUGAAAGUACUACACAGAUGACAGCAAAGGAAGCCACUCUUUGUAAAGUGGUUGAUAAAGUUAUAAGUGAAAAAGCAGUGCAGACUGAAGAUAUCCAUGUUUCAGAAAUUCCUUAUUACAGAAGAGCUUCAGUCAAAGAAUCAAUUAACUUGGAAAGCAGGGAAGUAAAUAAAUGUAUCCAACCACAGCCCGAUGACUGCAGUUCACAGGCAUUUACAUUUGAUCACGCAGAAUGUAAAUCAGCUUCAAAAGAUGAACAGUCAUUUGUUGCAAUGCAUGAGGUAAACACAGAGGAGAAGGAACAUCAUCAGACAAAAAGCUCACAUUCUGCAGUGAAUGCUGCAAUCAGUCAGUGUGUAAAAAGAAUCCAAGAGUUAGUACAGGAACAAUGGAUAUGCUUGGAGCAUGGCUACCCUGAACUUGCCAGUGUGUUGAAACAGCCUGCAUCAAAGCUAAGUUCAAUUCAGAGGCAACUAGUAAAUUCCAUUAAUGCGCUUUCUGCAGUAUAUUCCUCACAGUCCUCAGACGUUACACAAGAGCAAAGCAUGGAGUGUCAGCAACCAGAGACAUCUCCAAUGACUGCUCUUAAAUCGAUCAUGAAAAAGAAAGACUGCAAGUUCAGUAAUGGGGAAAAUGGAGCCAAAAAGAAUCUCCAGUUUGUUGGUGUGAAUGGAGGUUAUGAAACCACAUCAAGUGAAGAUUCAUCAUCUGAUGAGGAUUUAGAAGAAGAUGCUGCUGAUUUGGAAGACAAGUGGAGCAAAUUGGCAGAAUGCCCAGCAGAGUGCCCUCCUAAAUGCCCACCAGAAGCCAUCAGUGAGGGUCUGCCAGCAGUGUUGAGUGGCUCUGAGAGUGUGAAAAAUGAAGACAACGAAUUACAGAAAGUUGAAGAUAAUACAACAACCGAGUCAGUAGAGGAGUCUGAAAGCCCUGUGAUCACAGCAGAGUUUAUUUCAGCAUGCUCCUUGUUAAACAACCACCUUUCAGAACUCAGGAACACUGCAGACAAACAACUGCGUCAGACCUUGUGUAGUACCUGUCAGGAGUGGUUUACAGUAUCAAGUCUGAAAGAAUCAGACCCUGCUGCAGUUGAGAUUUACGUAGAGAAAUUCAGAUCAAUCAGUGAUGACAUACUGGAGAUGUUUGUGAAUGUGGCUGACGGAAAUGGCAAUACAGCCCUCCAUUAUAGCAUUUCGCACUCGAACUUCGACAUUGUCAGGUUGUUGCUCAAUACAGGUAUGUGCAAUGUUAACCACCAGAAUAAAGCAGGAUACACUGCAGUGAUGCUGGCUGCAUUGGCUUCUGCUGAGACUGAAGAAGAUAUGAAGGUAGUCAUGCGGCUUUUCAAACAGGGAAAUCUGAACAUUCGAGCAACUCAGGAGGGACAAACAGCUCUGUUGCUAGCCACCAGCCAUGGAAGAGCAGACAUGGUGAAAGCUCUAAUCUCCUGUGGGGCUGAUGUGAACCUGCAAGAUGAUGACGGGACAUCGGCACUCCUGUGUGCCUGUGAGCAUGGACAUUUGGAAAUUGUUAAAAUUCUACUGGCCCAACCUGAAUGUAACAUAAAGUUAACUAACAAGAGUGGAGAAGGUGCAUUAUCCAUUGCUGUAAAUGCUGCCUAUGAGGACAUUACAGAACUUUUGAAGGUCCACUCAGAGCAGACAGUGUCUUCAGCACAAUAAUUUUUUUGUUGCAAACGGGCUUCACAGAACUAGAAACAUACCGAAGCAGAUUUAUUAUGCACCACAUUACUGAAUCUGGAUGUAUUAAUUAUACAUUUUGACUAAAAGAACUUUAUUUUAGAGUAUCUGAACUCACCUCACCUCAAGCUUCAAACAUUUCUUUGUAAAGAGCUUCAUUAUGAACCAAGACAAAAAUAUACACAUGCAUGCUGUUACUCAAGGAUCUUUUUAAAAUAAUUGUAUAGCUACUUUCAGUAUCAGUUAUUUACUGUAAACAGUGUUCUUGUUGAUGUUGUAGUACUGAUUUCUGAAGGAUCAUUGCUGCAGGAAAUAUGAAAUUUUACUUAUUUGCUUUUAAACAGACUGAAAAUAAGGCUGGCCAAGUAGGUUUUUACUCAACAAAUGACUUUGUAGUUUGCAGUUUUAUGGUACAAUGUGCAGCAAUUUUUUUUGUUUUUCAGUGAACAGAUUACGAGGUUAUUUCAUAUCCAUUUUAAGGCUGAAAA